AUGGACUACCGAUCAGAUACUCAUGCCGUAGGUGCUAACAAUACACCACGUUGUUCUAGUUGUAUCAUGAAGGCCUCAUUCGGUAAUGGAGAGGCUGAAUAUUCACGUAUCGUCUCAAAAGCAAGCGCUAAGCUGCUGAAUUCUCUAUGGGAGCAGAAGCGAAUACCGGAAGAGGGCUGGCCAGAACAUGCACUCGAAUUAUUUCUUUCUUGGCUUGCUUGUCAUGAUACGAACAACAGAGUGGACAUUGCUACAGUAGGCGCUGGAGAAAGAGAAGGACGCGUAGUCUGUCCGCUAGUAAGACGAUUGCAUUGCAACCUUUCUCAUGGAAUCGGAAGGAGUGGAAACAUCGGAGAUAUCCAACCAAAAGCUCUUGGCUCUUCCAUGCUUGCCUGCCUUGCAAAUGAGUUUGCUCUGCAUGCUUUGCAGGAGAUCGGAAUUGUUGCCUGCAAAGCUGCUCUCGUGGUGCCAUUAUGUACUGGUAUGGCCUUAUCUUUGUGCAUGGGAUCAUGGCGAAAAGCAAGACCAAAGGCAAAAUAUGUCGUCUGGCUUCGGGUCGAUCAGAAAUCAUGCUUUAAGUGUAUCUUGCAUGCAGGGUAUGAACCUUUGAUUGUGGAUCCCAUUCGAGAGGGCGAUGCUUUAGUGACCGAUGUGGAAAAUGUAAACAGGAUAUUGGAGCAACGCGCAGAUGAGAUUCUCUGUGUGAUGUCUACAACAUCCUGUUUUGCACCACGCAGUCCAGACUCAUUGGAAGCUAUCGCGGGUAUUUGUCAGGAGCAUAAUGUGCCACAUCUAGUCAACAAUGCUUAUGGACUUCAGAGUGAGGAAUGCGUUAGGAGAAUAAAUGCGGGCCGAGCAGCCGGACGAAUUGAUGCCUUUGUACAGUCUCUCGACAAAAAUUUCCAGGUGCCUGUAGGAGGUGCUAUCAUAGGAACUUUCAAGCAAAGUGCUAUUGUGCCUAUCGCUAAAUUCUAUCCAGGACGAGGAUCCGGCGUACCCUCUCGAGAUCUCGUACUUACGCUAUUGAGUCAAGGUCGUAGAGGAUUGCUGGAGACGUACGAGAAUCAAAGAAGGCUAUUCCUCAAAAUGAAAAAGCGCCUGAGUUCCUUCGCAAACGAAAUAGGAGAGUGUGUUUACGAAGUUGAUGACAAUAUGAUUAGUUUGGCUCUCACUCUGUCCUCCAUUCCGAAAGAGAAGCAAACACUAUUUGGUUCAAUUUUGUUCAACCGUGGAGUGUCUGGUGCAAGAGUGAUAUCGUCAACAACGAAUGUAACCUCUGUAGAGGGCUAUGAAUUUGUAAACUUCGGGUCACAUUGUAAUGAACAGCACGGUGGAUAUUUAAAUAUGGCUUGUAGUGUUGGAAUGUCCGAUGCCGAGCUUGACGAGUUGUUUAGUCGAUUGGCAACUACUUAUGCAAAAUUCUCCCGACAGAACGGGUUAUUUGUACCGCGUAGUGAAUCUAGGAAUUAUCCCGAUAGCGAUGAUUGA